AUUUAUUUGUUAACGUCCCAGCAGGUCCGGCCGGUGCACUGCAGGACCAGGGCAGCCACUGACCCAGCGGGAGCGGCCCUCGCAUAAACCCCGCCCGCGGGGCCCCGCUCCCCGCUGGGACCCGGCCAAGCGCGGGGAGGGCAGGGCGCCCGGCCGGUGUGCCCCUCCUCCCGGGCAGCCCUACAGAAGCAGAGCCGAGGCACGUUUCCGCGACAGCAGCCGGGCGGCCCCGCCUCGAGGCGGGGAAGUGAGGGGGGGGCCCUUUCGUGCCCCGGAACCUUUCCGCCACCCCUCCCGUUUCCCGCCGGAGCGGCGCGGCGGCGGUCGCUAUGGCAGCGGGGCCGUGGGGCUGGGGGCCGGCGGCGCUGGCGCUGCUGCUCGCGCUGCUGCUCUCGCUGCUGCUCGGUGGCGCGCGCCGCCUGCGGCGCCGUUACGCGGCCGGCGGGGCUCGCGCCCCUCUGAAAGGGGAGGCGGCGGGGCGGGCGGUUGGCGCCCGCGUGCUGCUGGUGACGGCGCACCCUGAUGACGAAGCGAUGUUCUUCGCCCCCACGGUGCUGGGUUUGGGCCGGGCUGGCGCCCGCCCCGCCGUGCUGUGCUGCUCGGCAGGAAAUUAUUACAAUCAAGGAGAGACUCGUAAGAAAGAACUGGAACAGAGCUGUUUUCUUCUGGGGGUUCCUGCUUCCAACGUAACAGUCAUUGAUCACAGGGAUCUUCCAGAUAAUCCUGCUGUUGAAUGGGACACAGAACUCCUCGCCACCUUUGUGCUAAAGCAUAUAGAAGCCAAUAAUAUCAACCUGGUGGUGACCUUUGAUGCGGGAGGAGUGAGUGGUCAUGCUAACCACAUUUCUCUUUACACUGCUUUAAGGUACCUGCAUUCAGAGCAGAAGUUACCUGAAGGGUGCCGUGUGCUCGUGCUCGAAUCAGUAAAUCUCUUCCGGAAGUACAUCUCCGUGCUGGAUGUACUCGUGUCCUGCCUCCUGCCCACAGAUGCACUCUUCGUACUCACAGAGGAGGAGACUGAACAAGCCAGGAGAGCCAUGCAGUGUCAUCGCAGCCAGCUCCUCUGGUUUCGCCACAUCUAUAUGCUUUUCUCACGUUAUAUGAUGAUCAAUUCGCUCCGCCUUCUGUGAGGGACGCCACUCACAACUUCAGGAGUAAAAGAAUGAGUGAAAAAAAAGACCCUAUCAGGCCAAGGACUAAAGAAAACUCACCUGUUACUUGCUCAAGAGGCCAGGAUUCUCUUUGUGUAAUGUUCUUUCAGACUACAAAAGCAGGCCAUAUGAACUUGCUUCUGAAUAUCUUGUUGCCUGAUACAUUAGGAUGAACAGGGUUUAACAACUACACUAUUUUCUCACUGUAGAAGCUUAAAUACGAUAAGAAAUUUGGAUUAACCUGAUUAGGAGUAAAAUGUGGGAGUAUUCUGCAUUGGAGAAGAUAUGGCACCAACUAUUUUUCCCUGAGAAGAUACAGCUGCAAGGACUGCAGCUAUCUCGUGGUGCUUUUGUAAAACACAAAUAUUGGGAGUGACUCUUCAAAGAUCAUGCUAUCGCCACAGAUAAAACCAGAACCACAAGACCUCUCUUAUUCAGUCAGAACUUUUAAAAAGCCAAUGCUUAUGAGUAAAACAUCAGAAAUCAUACA